UGCCUGUAGUCUGUCUCGAUCAAAGCGGAAGUGUCGGGGCGUUGUUUUUAGCAGAACGGGAGAGCAACAGUGUCUCUGUGACAAUAUCCGCGUUAUUCAGCGACUUCUGGCUGGAUGUGCGUCUUUCUGAGCCGUCACGUAACGGGACGUGGUUGCGCGUGAUUGCAGCUCACCACAAUGUGGCCGAACAUUUCUCAUCCGAUCAUUUCCCCCUCCGGCACAUCGAUGUGAGGAAGGAGGAGGAGGAGGAGGAGGAAGAUAGCGCGCUGUGCGCCCUGAUUUCUGGACACAUUGGUUGCUGGUACGUCCGGAACGCCCACAGACCGAUCUGGUGCCGCACACAGGUUGAAUACCUCCGCUGAAGAUUUUGCUGACGUCAUCCCAAGCUGCGCUAAAGUAUUCGCACCCUUUGAAGUGUUUCACGGUCCUAUGCACCGGCUGAGGACCGCUGAGGAAGAAGAGCACAGCAGUGAAAUCUCCCAGCUCAGGCAGGCGGUGCUACAAAACGAUGCCAGACUCCUGGACGAGAUGCUCUGCCAGGAGAUCUACAAGAAAAUCAUCAACUGCCGGGGCGGCUGGGGCAUCGCGGGCACGCCCCUCCAUGCGGCGGUGUCCAAAGGGCACCUCAGCUGCCUGCAGGUUCUGCUGGCCCACGGCGCCUUUGUGGACUCCGUAGACGUCAAAGCCCAGACGCCGCUCUUCGCCGCCGUUCGCGGGAAAUACCUGGACUGUGUCCUCAGCCUCCUCGGAGCCGGCGCCAGCCCCAACGGGAGCAGGUCCAACAACAGCUCGCCGGUGCUCACCGCCGCCAGGGAGGGCGACGCCGAGAUCCUCCGGCAGCUGCUGGUCCACGGCGCCGACGUCAACUCCCGCUCCAAGGUCCUGGUGUGGCCCUCCUGCGACAGGGUGAGCAGCGGGCCGCUCUACCUGGCCGCCGUUUACGGACACAUGGAGUGCUUCAGGCUGCUGCUGCUCUACGGGGCCGACCCCGAUUACAACUGCACGGACGCCAGGUUCCUGAGCCUGGUCAAGCAGCCCAAAACGGUGCUGGAGAUGUGCCUGAGGCACGGCUGCGGCGUGGAGUACAUCCAGCUGCUGAUCGACUUCGGCGCCAACGUCUACCUCCCCACGUUGAUCAUCGAGAAGUCCACCAAGCAGAACGAAGCCGUGGAGCUGCUGCUGAGUGAGAGAGGAAGUCCCAAAGCCUUGACCUCACAGUGCCGACUUGCUGUGCGCAGACACCUGAAAAGCAUCAACAGGAUCCACUGCAUCGACGAGCUGGAGAUGCCGAGUAGCCUGAAACACUUCCUGCAGCAUAAAGCGGCCCCCGUCCCCGUCCUCUAAACCUUGUUUUAUGCUCUUUUUACUUCAGUCCAACUGGCUCCUCGCAUACACGUGUCUUAAAACUGCUUUUCCCUCUUCAUGCGCUGCUGCUGUUCUGACUUUUCAGUUAGAAGAUUAAACAUGUGAAUAUCAAGC